UGUGUGCUCCUAAGCAUUAUGACAUGAUCUGUUUAACUGACUUAUUACGAGAUCCAUUCUCCACACCAAGAUGUUUUUAAAUAGUAGAUAUGAAGGUGAUUGUUAAUUAGCUUAUUAACUAGCUAGCUUGUAGAGUCCAGGUGAUUUAAUUAAAUUCAAAUUUCACUCAUAUCAUUAAUUGGUUAAAAAAAACGAGGGAGGGAUAAAGAUACAAGGAUAGAAUUAUUUUCUUGUGUAACUCAAGAUCAAAUUAUCUUUUUACAAGUAAGUAGAUAGUAAGAAAAGUGUGAUGGACCGAGACAUUCCUGCUGUGCCAAGAUUCUGUUUGAUUUUGUCAUGAAGAUUAUUUGAUGCGCCAUUAUAUUGUGAAAACCCUUGAUAAGGUGAACAUUUUCCGGGACUAAUCUUGCAAAUACGAAAGAGUUCAUGGAUAAUUACAAGGAUUAAAAAUAUCAAAUCCUUCUAAAUUAUUGGUCAAAAUAAGGAAACGUUUUUGAAUAAAUUAUUCAAUAUGUAGCUUGUUGCACUCCUUUUCUCCAUUUGGUUCUUCAAAUUGGUGUUUAAAUAACAUUGGUCUUCGGCUUAUUAAAAAAAUGUAAUACAAAGCUCGAGAUUUGAUCAAGUUCUUAUAUUAAGUAAAAAGACAAUUGCAAUAAUUCCUACGUAGGCUUACUUAGAGGCAUGCAUGCCUAAUGAGGUAGAAGUAGGGACGUGCAAUAUUAUUUGCUUCAAAUAACCUGGGGAGUCUUUCAAGAAUACCAAUGAUUAAGACUUCAAAUGUCUAUUUAGAAUGCAGAUCAGGAGGUUUCAAACCUGAGGUCAAUUACUUAAACUUAGGGUUUUGACUUGCCUGGCUCAAGCAAGGAAAGCUGACGUGCGUUUCCACAGUGCAUGAUCAUAUUUAGCUUGGAAUCAAACAAUUCAUAUAAUUUUAAAUAGAAAGCAAUAUGUGAAUUUGAUCAAGAAAACGCAAGUAUAUAAUCCUUCUUGGAAUUGUAAUUACUGCCAUUACAUUACAUUAGAUUACGAGACAACAAAGUGAUACAAUAAAUAUAUAACACUAUUUCAUUUCACCAUGGACCUUCGCUAUAGAUCCUUAUUGUAGAGAAAAGCUUGUUUCAUUCAAGAUCAUUGCCUUCAUUUUGGAAAUUUGUUCGUAAAAGAUAUAGAGAGAAGUACGUUGUUGCUACUGCUACGUAUGCAUCUCAUAUCUUGAUCAAAAAGAAGCUUAGUAGUGUGGAGGAGGUGGGGACUUGUAGACGUAUGGGGGAUGGGGAGACUUCUUUGGAGGAGGAGGUGAAGAGUAGUGGUAUGGAGGUGGAGGUGGAGACUUGUAGACAUAGGGAGGAGGGGGGGACUUCUUUGGAGGUGGAGGUGAAGAGUAAUGAUAUGGGGGUGGUGGUGAGGGAGAUGGUGGAGGUGGGGAUUUAUAGAUGUAUGGAGGAGGGGGGGAUUUCUUUGGAGGAGGAGGUGAUGAGUGAUGAUAUGGAGGAGGGGGGGAUUUUUUUGGGGGAGGAGGAGAUGAGUAAUGAUAUGGAGGAGGUGGAGAUUUCAAUGGUGGAGGUGGGGAUUUGUAGAUGUAUGGAGGAGGGGGGGAUUUCUUUGGGGGAGGAGGUGAUGAGUAAUGAUAUGGAGGAGGUGGUGAGGGAGAUGGAGGAGGUGAGGAUUUCAAUGGUGGAGGUGGUGAUUUGUAGUAAUAAGGCUCUUUAGCUACUACACUGGUGGCAACCACGCAGAAUGCUAGAGCAUAAAUCAUUUGUGACAAGAGUCCUGGCUGCCCCCCUUUUUCCAUCUUUAGAACUACUGCUUC